AUGUUUGAGCUGAAGAUGGUGAAGGGAAGCACCUUACAGGGUGUCCUGGAGGCGAUCCUCGACCUGGUCAAUGUGGCCAACAUCGACUGCUCCAGCGAGGGCUUCUCGCUCCAGGCCCUGGACACCGAACACGUCGUCUUCCUCUCGCUCUUCUUCCCCUCCGAGGUCUUCCGGUCCUACCGCUGCGACGAAGACUGCUCCAUGGGCAUCGCAAUCGCCGACAUGGUCGAUUUGCUCCGCGCCUCCAACGAUGGUGACAUCAUCACCAUCAAGGUCACCGACCAAAACUUCGAAGACAUUACCCUAACAUUCGAGUCGCCCGACGAGGCUAAAACUACGGAUAUGGAUUUGCAGCUUGUGUAUGUGGACGCCCCAAGCCAUCGCCUCAAAAUCUCGGAAUGGCACGAUAUGGAGUCGGAGUACCAGGCCAUUUUCUGCAUGCCCUCUGCGCAGUUUAUGUUGAACUGCAAGUCCCUCAGCGUCAUCGGCGACGAUGCUGUAGUUGUCAUCAGGGUGAAUGAGGAGGUCAUCAGCUUCUCUACUAAAGGAAAACGUCGCAUGUUACCCUUACACAUGCGCGAGGGCCAGUUUCAUUGGCCUUGA